GGAGGCGGGGCCGACCAAGAACUGGAGCUGGAGUCUGAGCCCGCGGUUGCAGCGGAGGCGGUGAUGUCGGUGCAGGUUGUGUCUGCGGCUGCAGCCAAGGUGCCUGAGGUGGAGCUGAAGGACCUGAGCCCCUCCGAGGCGGAGUCGCAACUAGGACUGAGCACGGCCGCCGUGGGCGCCAUGGCCCCCCCGGCGGGCGGUGGAGACCCUGAGGCUCCAGCUCCCGCCGCGGAGCGGCCCCCGGCCCCUGGUCCGGGCUCUGGGCCCGCCGCCGCCGCUCUCAGCCCUGCCGCCGGGAAGGUGCCUCAGGCGUCGGCCAUGAAGCGGAGCGACCCACAUCACCAGCACCAGCGGCACCGCGACGGCGGCGAGGCCCUGGUCAGCCCCGACGGCACCGUCACCGAGGCGCCGCGCACAGUCAAGAAGCAGAUCCAGUUUGCUGACCAGAAGCAAGAAUUCAACAAACGUCCCACCAAAAUUGGACGUCGCUCUCUGUCUCGUUCCAUUUCUCAGUCGUCUACUGACAGCUACAGCUCAGCGGCUUCAUAUACAGAUAGCUCUGAUGAUGAGACAUCCCCCAGGGACAAACAGCAAAAGAACUCUAAGGGAAGCAGUGACUUCUGUGUUAAGAACAUCAAACAGGCAGAGUUUGGACGAAGAGAAAUUGAAAUUGCUGAACAAGAAAUGCCUGCAUUGAUGGCUUUGAGGAAGAGAGCUCAAGGAGAAAAGCCUUUGGCUGGAGCCAAAAUUGUGGGUUGCACACACAUCACUGCUCAGACUGCUGUACUUAUGGAAACUCUGGGUGCUCUGGGAGCCCAGUGCCGAUGGGCUGCCUGCAACAUCUAUUCCACUCUCAAUGAAGUGGCUGCUGCUCUAGCCGAAAGUGGAUUUCCUGUUUUUGCCUGGAAGGGAGAGUCAGAAGAUGACUUUUGGUGGUGCAUUGAUAGAUGUGUGAAUGUGGAGGGCUGGCAGCCAAACAUGAUCUUGGAUGAUGGAGGGGAUCUUACCCACUGGAUUUAUAAAAAGUAUCCCAACAUGUUUAAGAAAAUCAAGGGCAUAGUAGAGGAGAGUGUUACUGGAGUUCAUAGGCUGUACCAACUGUCCAAAGCUGGGAAGCUGUGUGUUCCAGCCAUGAAUGUCAAUGACUCAGUCACCAAACAGAAAUUUGACAACCUCUACUGUUGCCGUGAAUCAAUUCUUGAUGGACUUAAAAGGACAACAGACAUGAUGUUUGGUGGAAAGCAAGUGGUAGUCUGUGGCUAUGGAGAGGUGGGGAAAGGAUGCUGUGCUGCCCUGAAAGCCAUGGGCUCCAUUGUGUAUGUAACUGAAAUUGACCCCAUCUGUGCCCUGCAAGCCUGUAUGGAUGGAUUUCGACUGGUGAAAUUAAAUGAGGUCAUCCGACAAGUGGACAUUGUUAUUACCUGUACAGGUAACAAGAAUGUGGUAACCAGAGAGCACUUGGACCGUAUGAAGAAUAGCUGCAUCGUUUGUAACAUGGGACAUUCCAACACAGAGAUUGAUGUGGCGAGUCUGCGGACACCAGAGCUGACCUGGGAGCGAGUGAGAUCUCAAGUUGACCAUGUGAUAUGGCCUGAUGGCAAGAGGAUAGUACUGCUGGCAGAGGGCCGCCUGCUGAACCUAAGCUGCUCCACAGUGCCUACAUUUGUGCUCUCAAUCACUGCUACUACUCAGGCUCUUGCCUUGAUAGAGCUUUACAAUGCUCCUGAGGGUCGCUAUAAGCAGGAUGUCUACCUGUUGCCCAAGAAAAUGGAUGAGUAUGUGGCCAGCCUACACCUGCCUACCUUUGAUGCCCACUUGACAGAGCUGACAGAUGAACAGGCCAAGUAUCUGGGACUCAACAAGAAUGGGCCCUUCAAGCCUAAUUACUACAGGUAUUAAGUUCCUGUAACUCAAACCAGAAGUUUUAAGGAAUAGAACUCCAAGCCUUUUCCCCACUACUAUACAAGAAAGAAUUCAGCAAGCUGCUUCUCCAAUCAAAGCUGCCUGCCGUGCUCACCCUGUGUGUUAGGUUAUUUAUUUAUUAAAAUCAAGAAUCCUGUGCCUGUAGCAUUGGCCCAGAGUGUGGUUACUGCCCUGAGGGCCAUGAGAGCCACAGAGGACAGGCUGAGGAAGGAAAGAAAUGGGGUCACUGCUCCCAGUGCAUCAUUUGCAUCAUUCCCCAUUGACUGAAUCCUCAGCAGUGGCCAUUUUUCCUCUUGUCCAGGCUCACGAGUUAGUCCAGAGAUUCCAUACUCCCCGUUCCCUAGAGUUUUCUGGAAUAAAUUUUCAGCACCUGCUUUUCUCAGCUUUGGCCCUUCCCCAGGUGAGGCCGUUGGGAAUUAACAUGGCCAGUGUUUCAGGCAAGAUUGGAUUCCCAGUCUUGACCAUCACUAUCACUGCCUUCUUUAUAUAAAGGCUAAUAAGGAAGGAGUGUUAUUUAUGGCUUUGCCAAGCUACAUCAAGAACUCAGCUGUGCUGUGCCUACCAGGGGUCUCCUUUCUUACCCAGGACUCCUUUCUUCUCCUUGAAUAUUUAUGUCCAUUUUAACACUUGCUGGUUGCAAGAGGGAUGUGCCUCCAUUAUUUCCUCCACAGUUUUGGUAUUUGUUAGACAUUUGUUUUAUUGUCUUUCUAAUCCAGCCAACCUCUGCUCAGGAAGUGGGGCCAGCUCCACUGGGACCCAUAGUUUUACUUCCUUGUCAUUUAAUUGGAUAUUUUCCAAGGAAGCCCCUCCAGAUUGAUACUAUCUCAGAAAAGGAGAGCUUGUUGUGAAGCACUGCUUCCUGAAACUUCCUGCUAUUGCCUAAAGCUACAUCUGAAACUGAGUAGGGAAAGGCAUACUUUUCCAGGGACUUGGGGGUAUAGGCCUUGGAAAUGGGACUGGUCUUUCAGAUUCAGAGCUUGAUACCCUAACGAAGCAGAGUAUAUUUAUUUGUUUCCCAGGGAGGUCAUUGCAGCUUGACUGGCUGAGGGAUACGGAGAUGAAAUUGUAAACUGUACCCAGAUUAUCACAGCUAAUUUGACUAGUUUGAACCUCGUAAGACAUUCAUUCCUUUGACAAUUGCCAUGGAUGAAACUGAGAUCUGCAAUCUGAUCUGUGGUCUUCUGUGCUGGUAUAUCUUUUAUAACUCUUCCAUUUGAGGAUUCUGUAUUUCAGAGGCAGUUUCUUGAGUAACUCCAGUGCUACAAAAAGAAUUAGUAAUGUGUUGUGGGCAGCGUGACAUUUUAUGUCCCACCCAAAAAAUUGGAUUCCUUUUGGAGACUGAUCCGUUGGUCUCAAGGGUUUCAUUGGGACCAGAUUGGUUCUAAGAGUUAGUCUGGAGUGGCCCUAGGAAACUUGAAUUAAAUAAGCCUCUUCCCCUUAUCGAUCCUAUUUAACACUCUCAGGUUUGUUUGUUUCCCACUUUUUUCCUACGCUGAUCUGCCUCAAAGUUUCAAGACCAAGGUGGCUCAAGGAAACACCAGACCACCCAUGACCACUAUAACCUUCCCAUCCUGAUUCUCUUCUACCUCCACCCUCACUGACUUCUCUUGGUCUUCACAUACACUCUCAGAGCUAGUCUGAAAGUGACCUUACUUUUGGAAGUAGGAAGUGGAACUUUGGUAAAUGACUAUUUGCCUCAUUAAAUAGUAUACAGGUUCAGCCCAUAGACUACAGUUCUUCACAGGCCAUAUGUCUCAGCAAGUACUGGUUAUAUUCUUUUUUAUAAGGAAGAUCAUAAAUGCUAAAAAUCCCACUAAGACAUUCAGUUCUUCCUUUUGCCUACCUAGUCCUGAUUUUUGUAUUAAUUGGGUCCCUUUAGCAAGAGAUUCAGAUCUUUGUACCUUAUCUUAUAUCCAGAACAGAUUCCAUUUGGCAGAUAUAUGGUCUCUAGCCUAUUGUAUUCUUAGACCAAAAAUCAUAACCUGCUGUUUCUCAGCAAAGCCUUGCUCUCUGGAGCUUACUAUGUGCUGGUACUUAAGGAGUGCAUUCUGCCUUGCUAUAGUGAAGAGACCCACUCCAAAUAAAAAAGGAGCCACACUGGGCUUCUGAGUUAGGUUGCCAGUGUUGCUGCCCAUGAUGAGUUAUUUGCCUCUGAGUUUCAGAUGACCUCUCUUCUUUGUAGAAACAUUGUGCCAUCAACAUUAAGAAGAAAGAACCACAAGCCUCCUAAGUAUUUGGGUUCUAUCUUAGGGUUGAAAUCGGUCAUUAUUCCCUCUACCCUUGGAAUCAGAGCAAUGUGUCUUCUUUCCUCCAACCUCUUACCUUAGAUGCAUCCUUGUUAUCUGGAAGCAUGGGAAAGAAGGCUAAUUAUCUCUUUGUAUGUGGCUCCAGUCUGUGAGGAUACAUACCAUUUUCUCUACAAUGAAUCUGUGCUAAUAUUUUGCCGCCUUCUUUUCUUUUGCCCCUUAGAGACAGGGUUUCACUAUGUUGCCCAGGCUAAUCUCAAAAUCCUGGGCUCAAGCAAUCCUCCUGCCUCAGCUUCCGGAGUAGCUGGAACCACAGGUGUGUGCUACCGUGCCUGGCACUUUUUUGCCUUCUUAAUGGAGAUAUUCAGUUUUCUUUUUUUCAUUUAAACAAAGAAAAAAAUAUAUCUACUCUACCUUCCCUCUGCUCUCCUCCCUCCCUAUCCUACUUGCCCAUGUGAGCACGGCUCCCCAUGGCCACAUACUCUUGCAAAGCUUUUUUGCUGCUUCGCUUUUCUCUGAACAGAUCUGAUAUUGCUGCUCCUGUGGUUUUCUCAAAAUUAACUUUGCCAUGGUUUUAAAAAAAGGAAUCAAAAUGCAUUGUUGCAUUAAGCUUUUUCAAUAAAGGAAAAUUACGGAGGGAAAAUAGGCAACACCAGCAAAUUAUAUGUGGACAGGUUCUAAACUAUAUAUAUACACAUAUAUAUAUCUCUAUAUAUAUACGUAAUCAUCUAGUUCUGUCAUCUUACUGAAAGGAAUAAAACUUCUAAGGAUCAUCGUUUCUGAGAAGUUCUUGGAAAUCUUUAUGUCUAAGUGAUUGUAUUAGAUCAGCAAUAAUGACUAUGUAAUCUCAAAAAACAAAUAAAAUAUUCUUAACAUGGA